CCAAUCAGCCAAGGAUUCAUGCGGUACCGAGCCAACAAAAGGAAACCAGAUCCACACUCAGGAAGUAGCAGUACAAUAUUAUGGGACUGGAGUAGGAUUUCUCAAAGGGGGAUGAAAUCGGUUUAAUACUUUCAGAAAGAUUUGGCGGUUCGAUUCUUCGUCAACAAAAUCUCCCUCCAAAUUCAUUCACUCAAUCAACCUUCAAAAACCCUAAAUUUCUCAAUUUCACAAAUCUGAGUUAUCUUUGCACCCAUUCUGUUGUCUUCAAUGUACAACAAUAGCGUUUCAAUCAAUAUAUCUGAUGACGAAUCUGACGAUAUCAAUGGGAAAAAAAGAGCUAGGGUUCGAAGGAAACGAAAGAAAUUUGGGUUUCGGGGUGGGAAGAAUAAUGAUUUUCUUCGAAGAAUGAUUAAGAAUUUAUUGAGAUGGUGGUUGUUUUUGUUAAUUAUACCUGCGAUUGGAUUACUCUUAUUUGAAGCCUCUAGAAUGAUUGGUACAACAAAACCUAUUCAUGAUUCGAAAACUGCUGGUGAGAAAACAGAUCCUGUUGUUGUUGUUGUUGAAGCUAAGCAUAAUUUGGAUAAUCUUACUCCUGUUACUAGAAAGAUUAAUGGCACUCGUCGACCUUGUUUGGAGCUUCUACCUCCAGAAGCACUUGAGCAUCUUGAUAUACCUGUUCAUGGACAUGCCAGUUCUCAGGUUAAAAAAGUGAUUUACAAAUCUGAUCCAGAUGCAGGCAAUACAACAGUGUUUCAGAGGAAUACAGAUGCAACAAGAUAUAACUUAUUCACGGGAAAUCAAACUCUUUAUGAGAGAGAACAAAGUUUUAAGGUGAGUGAAACUGCUGAGGUGCAUUGUGGUUUUUACAACGAAAAUGGGGGAUAUAGAAUAUCUGAUGAGGACAAGGCUUACAUGCAAACAUGCAAAGUUGUUGUGUCUACUUGUACAUUUGGUGGUGGAGAUGACAUUUACCAGCCUAUUGGAAUGUCGGAGCCAUCCCUGAAGAAGGUUUGUUAUGUGGCAUUUUGGGAUGAGAUAACCGUUGCAACUCAGGAAGCAGGCGGGAAGAAAAUUGGCGAGGACAAUAUGAUUGAGAAAUGGCGAAUUGUUGUUGUUAAGGACCUUCCUUUCACAGACCAACGGCUGAAUGGUAAAAUCCCCAAGAUGUUGACGCACCGACUGUUCCCUCAAGCAAGGUACUCUAUUUGGGUAGACUCCAAAUCUCAAUUUCGAAGGGAUCCAUUAGGUGUGCUAGAAGCGCUUCUUUGGCGUCGGACUUCUAUGUUGGCAAUUUCAGAGCACGGGGCUCGUAGUAGUGUCUAUGAUGAGGGAAAAGCUGUAGUUAAGAAAAACAAGGCAACCCCAGAAGAAGUUGAGAUUCAGUUAGAGCAGUACCGUCGGGAUGGUUUCCCCGAUGAAAAGAGAUUUAAUGGCAAAAAAGCUCUAUCUGAGGCUUCUGUCAUUGUGAGGGAGCUCACUCCAUUGACAAACCUGUUCAUGUGCCUCUGGUUCAACGAAGUGGUCCGCUUCACUUCACGAGAUCAGCUCAGCUUUCCUUAUGUGGUCAGGAAACUAAACAUGAAGAAUAUCAACAUGUUCCCUGUUUGUGUCCGCAAAGAUCUUGUGAAUAGUAUGGGUCAUAAGCAAAAAGCUAAACCUCUGAUUAAUUGAGAUUCUUCGGUUCCCCCAGAUGUGUGCCGUGUGAUGGUGAUAUCGAUUGUUUGUUUAGUGGAGGUAACCUAUGAAGAUGCUUGGUUCUGGAAUACGAUUGGCCACGGUUGCUGCUGGUGGGUAUGUUUUUGGUGAGGGCACCGUCAUCACAAGGACUAAGCCAAACAUGAUACAUAUCCCUUGUUGAUGAAUCUAUGGUGGCUGAUAGUAGAUAGACGGACACUGCCAAGUACUGCAAGACAAAAUUGGAUUUGUGCGAGGGUGCGUGGGGAUGUCAUUCUUUUGUCUAAAUGUCAUUUUCUUUGAAGUUAAGCUGUUUUAUGUCUGAUUCUUCCACGAAUGAUUCUACCUUUAUUAUACCCCUUAUUAAGAGCAACUCCUAUGGGAUUCUACAAAUAAAGUUGUUUGUGGUGCCAGGUGGAUGGGCAAACUGAGUUUUGUUCAGUGGGAGGAAGGUUAAUCAAUGUAGAUUGAGCCCAGCGUACUAUACAGGGCUAUAUUUCGUUUUACACCUAUAUAAACAUACUUAAUCCAUUGAUUUUAAACACA